UGACGUACUUCCGGCGCGACGCUUUCCCUCCACGCCGGGACUAGGUGGUGGGGGGAGGGAGGCGGUUAGUGGGCUUUAGCGCCUUUUCUGGAGGCGGUAGAUUUGAAGCGCUUUAAAGAACCUGACCCCGGGAAGAGGAGACCAUACUGGUGCAAGGCCGCUCCCGAGGCAUAGUGAGGUUCCCAGACUAGGGGUCUAAUCGGAGCUGCAGCCGCCGGCCUAUGCCAGAACCACAGCAGCGUGGGAUCUGAGCUGUGUCUGCAACCUACACCACAGCUCAGUGCUGGAUCCUUAACCCACUGAGCAAGGCCAGGGAUCGAACCUGAAACCUCAUAAUUCCUAGUUGGAUUCGUUAACCACUGUGCCGUGACAGGAACUCCAAAGGAGCAAAAGGAUUGUAUCAGUUGUCCUUGAUUUUUCCCUAUUUAAAGAUUGAAGUAUUGAACCAUGGGAAUAAAGGUUCAGCGUCCUCGAUGUUUUUUUGACAUCGCCAUUAAUAAUCAACCUGCUGGAAGAGUUGUCUUUGAAUUAUUUUCUGAUGUGUGCCCUAAAACAUGCGAGAACUUUCGUUGUCUUUGUACAGGUGAAAAGGGGACAGGGAAAUCAACUCAGAAGCCAUUACAUUAUAAAAGUUGUCUCUUUCACAGAGUUGUCAAAGAUUUUAUGGUUCAAGGUGGUGACUUCAGUGAAGGAAAUGGACGAGGAGGGGAAUCCAUUUAUGGAGGAUUUUUUGAAGAUGAGAGCUUUGCUGUUAAACACAAUAAAGAAUUUCUCUUAUCAAUGGCCAACAGAGGGAAGGAUACAAAUGGUUCGCAGUUCUUCAUAACAACAAAACCAACUCCUCAUUUAGAUGGGCAUCAUGUUGUUUUCGGGCAAGUGAUUUCUGGCCAAGAAGUUGUGAGAGAGAUAGAAAACCAGAAAACAGAUGCAGCUAGCAAACCGUUUGCUGAGGUGCGGAUACUCAGUUGUGGAGAGCUAAUUCCCAAAUCUAAAGCUAAGAAAGAAGAAAAGAAAAGGCACAAAUCCUCCUCCUCCUCCUCCUCAUCAUCCAGUGAAUCAGAUAGCUCAAGUGAUUCUCAGUCAUCUUCUGAUUCUUCUGAUUCUGAAAGUGCUUCUGAGGAGAAAUCAAAAAAGAGAAAGAAAAAACAUAGGAAGAAUUCUCGUAAACACAAGAAAGAAAAGAAGAAGCGAAAGAAAAGCAAGAAAAGCGCAUCUAGUGAAAGUGAGGCUGAAAAUCUUGAAGCACAACCCCAGUCUACUGUCCGUCCAGAGGAGAUCCCUCCAAUACCUGAAAACAGAUUCCUGAUGAGAAAAAGUCCUCCGAAAGCUGAUGAAAAAGAAAGGAAAAAUAGGGAGAGGGAGAGAGAAAGAGAGAGUAACCUACCUAACUCCCAGCCUGUUUCAUACCAGAGGCGACUCUUAGUUACUAGGUCUGGCAGGAAAAUUAAAGGAAGAGGACCAAGGCGUUAUCGAACUCCUUCUAGAUCCAGAUCAAGGGAUCGUUUCAGACGUAGUGAGACUCCUCCACAUUGGAGGCAAGAGAUGCAGAGAGCUCAAAGAAUGAGGGUAUCAAGUGGUGAAAGAUGGAUCAAAGGGGAUAAGAGUGAGUUAAAUGAAGUAAAAGAAAAUCAAAGAAGCCCAGUUAGAGUAAAAGAGAAAAAAAUAACUGAUCAUAGGCAUGUGUCUGAGAGUCCAAACAGAAAAACUGAAAAGGAAAAGAAAGUUAAAGACCAUAAAUCUAAUAGCAAAGAGAGAGACAUCAGAAGAAAUUCAGAAAAAGAUGAUAAAUAUAAAAAUAAGGUAAAGAAAAGGGCCAAAUCGAAAAGUAGGAGUAAGAGCAAAGAGAAAUCCAAAAGUAAAGAAAGGGAUACAAAGCAUAUUAGACAUGAAGAAAAGAGGAUGAGGUCAAGGAGUAAAGAAAGGGAUCAUGAGAAUGUUAAAGAAAAAGAAAAGGCUGAUUCUAAAGCAAAAGAUCAGGAAAGGAGUAGAAGUAAAGAGAAGUCCAAACAGUUAGAAUCCAAAAGUAAUGAGCACGAUCAUAAUAAAAGCAAGGACAAGGACAGACGUGCACAGUCUAGGAGUAGAGAACGAGAUGUAACUAAAGGCAAACACAGUUACAAUAGCAGAACAAGGGAACGAAGCAGAAGUAGGGACAGGAGCAGAAGAGUGAGGUCUCGAAGUCAUGACCGAGAUCGCAGCAGAAGCAAGGAGUAUCAUAGAUACAGAGAGCAGGAGUACAGGAGAAGAGGAAGGUCACGGAGCCGAGAGAGAAGAGCAACACCAGGACGAUCAAGAAGUAAAGAUAGAAGGAGGAGGAGGAGAGAUUCUCGGAGCUCAGAAAGAGAAGAAAGUCAAAGCAGAAACAAAGAAAAAUACAGAAACCAAGAAGGUAAAAGUUCACACAGAAAAGAAAAUUCCGAAGGUGAGAAGAGAAUGUACUCUAAAAAUCGUGAUCAUAGUAGCUCAAAUAGUAACAGGGAAAAAAAGGCUGAUAGAGAUCCAAGUCCAUUCUCAAAAAUGAAACAAAGUAGUCAGGACAAUGAAUUAAAGUUCUCUACUUUGAAAAAUAAGGAGGAUGAAAAGACCAGAUCCUCAAUGGAAGAAGAAAACCAAAAAUCAAAGGGUCAAGAAAAUGACCACACACAUGAUAAAAAUAAAAAAUUUGAUCAUGAAUCAAGCCCUGGAACAGAUGAAGACAAAAGUGGAUGAGUGAGUUACAUAAACUUAUUUCCAUUCUGUCUCAAAUUUUAAGUUUUAGAGACUUGCUGAUGAAUCUCUUUUAUGUUGUUUUCUUCUCUUCAUUGUUUUGGGGUUAUGUUUGUCUUUUUUUUUUUUUUUUUUUUUUUCAAUGUGGACUUUAUUGAGUUGAUCUUUUGAUAAUCUGCAACCUGGAUAAUUUGUACUGCUAAAGUUUUAAUAAACUUGAAAUGAGAAAAACAUUUUGGUGUAAUAUUGUGUGCUGUGUGUUUAACUAUUUCAUGUAUGCAUUUUUGUGUUGCAACAAUCAGCUAAUAGCAAACAUGCUACACCCUAAUUUGUCUGAUCAGCCAGUUGGAAACAAGCAUAACUGAUUGUUGGAAUACAUUGUUACAAAAGCUUGUGUUACUCAUGAUUAAAAUAACUUUGGAAGCCACUAGAUAAAAGAAAUCUUGUAUAGAUUUUUCAAUUACAUUUAUAAUAGACGCUUGCAGCAGCAGCUUUUAAGUACAUGGAAGUGGGACCCUAAUAACUUGUUAUUAAGUCAUCACUUUGAUUUUAUAGUAAUUUGUGCUUUAAAAUAAAUAUUUAGUUAUUUAUAUUGUACUUCGUAUGUUAUUCUUCUUAGUUUUACUGGUAGCUUAUUUCAUAUUAAUAUUUUUCCUGCCUAGUUUUGUUUUAUUUAACUGUCUAUAAAUAUAGUUGAGUAUUUUUUUUAAGCUAAUGUACUGAUUGGGCCGGGCUUGCUGUUAUACAGCAUCUGACAAGAACUAUACCUUGAAAAUCAGAUUGUAAUUUUCAAUUCUAUGUUGCUUUUGGUCUGAAGAGAUUAAAUUGUUGCUUUGGGGGAAUGUUUUAUCAUCAUCAUUACCCUUCUCUAAAAUGAAAAAAAUACUUUUCUCACUAAAACAUACUGCUUGUGCAGGUUUUUAAGUUAGAUUCUAAAAAUGGUUAGUAUUGACAUAUUAACUUCUGAGAUUUCUCUUUUUUGGCCACUGACCUAUAUACAGUGUUAACUGUGCAUGGUUGUCUUUUUUUUUUUUUUUACUUGAACUGACUUCUUUAAUUCUCAUAGCUGUGAAUUUCAAAUGGCAAGAAAAUGCAUCUUUAUAUAUAUAUACAGGCUGUAGUAUGUUUAUCACUCGGGUUUCUUUCUACUCUGGUGGCUUUAUACCAUAACUUAUCAUUAUUUUAACUUGGCUUGUAUAAUAUUGCCACGUAGAGUAGAGGUGAAAAUUGUGAAAUUUGAUAUCUUACAGAGUUAAACACUAAAGAUAUCCAAAGUUUAUUUAGAAUUUUGUGUUGCUUAUUGCUAUUUUAGGAAUGUGUGGCCUUUUAAAUACUAAACAUCCAGUAAACACAAAACCUGCCUCAUUUGAAAAGAAAUUUCAGAAUUCCAAUUAGUAGUUGCCCCCUAGCGUGUUUUGUACUUUAAUAUUUGUCAAUGUAGUGUCUACUCUGUUACCAGGUAACUCCCUGGUAGGCUCCAUAGCUACUCAGUGCUAUUUCUACUGAGGAAAAGCAGUGCUUAUUAACAUAAUACUUACAAUGAUUAAUACACUAAUGAUACAUUUGGCAAUGUGGUAGCCAUUUUUACAUAAUAGGGUAAUUGUAAGAUUGUUUAGAUUUUUUUUUUUUUUUUUUUUUUUUUUUUUUUGGUCUUUUUAGGGUUGCAUUCGCAGCACAUGGAAGUUCCCAGGUUUUAGGGGUUGAAUUGGAGCUGCAGCUGCCAGCCUACACCACAGCCGCAGCAACGAGGGAUCUGAGUCAUGUCUGCGACCUACACCACAGCCCACAACAACGCCCGUUCCUUAACCCACUGAGCAGUGAUCAAACCUAAGUCCUCAUGGAUACUAGUCAGGUUCGUUACAGCUGAGCCGUGAUGGAAACUCCUGUUUAGAAUAUCUUGAAACAGGAGUUCCCGUCGUGACGCAGUGGUUAACGAAUCCGACUAGGAACUAUGAGGUUGCGGGUUCGAUCCCUGCCCUUGCUCAGUGGGUUAACGAUCCGGCGUUGUCAUGAGCUGUGGUGUAGGUCACAGACAUGGGCUCGGAUCUGGCAUUGCUGUGGCUGUGGUGUAGGCAGGCAGUUGUAGCUCCGAUUAGACCCAUAACCUGGGAACCACCAUAUGCGCAGGUGCAGCCCUCAAAAGACAAAAGGAAGGAAAAAAAAAAGGAUUUCUAGUAACCAAUUAUAUUUUAAGAGAAAACUCAUGCUAAGUAAACAUACUUCUAUGUUUUCUGACCCCCAAGCUUUACCUACUAAGAAUUAUAGACAAGUAACUAUUGGGGGAAAAAUUAGUAGUUUCUAUAAAUAGUAUUCUGAUGUGGUUAUCAAAAAAGCAGUUGCAUUCCCAGGAUUUAUAGGCCUUUAGAAAAGUCUGUUUUUACAAUAAAACAGAUGGUGAAGGAGUUGAGUGAGAGAUGACAAUCAGCUAGAUUUUAUUUUAAGAAUAUAGAUAACAUUUAGAAAUUGAUCAGACAGCAUUAACUGAACUUCAUCUGCUUUUGGCAUCUGAUUAGCACACUGAUCAAACAUCCUUUCCUUUGAUUACAUUUUUAAUAGUUGUGACACCUGUAGUUUGUUCUUUGAAAAACUUUUCCUAAAAGUCAACUAUUCUUCCCUGUCAAAUUGAUUUAAUAGUAUGUUUGAGCUCAUAGUUUACCUGAAAGUAUCUUUGACUUAAUAUCCUCUUAAAGAUAUUUAAAUUGGUUUGUUUUUAUUGCUUGAUUGGCAACAUCUGAGAAAUUUUUCAUGACUAUUAUUUCAUGUGAAUUCUUUUUCUGGAUAAACCAUAUGCCACAGAAAUUGGCACUGCAGAGAGAUGAAUGACACUGCAGAGAAGCGACUAGGUUGCUUUAAAUUUUUUUUAGAUUUAUAGUUAGUGAGUUCAUAGAGCAUUAUAGUUUCUAUGUUUCCUAAUCAGAUUCCUCACUGAGUUUCAAAGAAUUUGUCUUAUAAAUCUAUCUUUGCACAAGUGUAAUAUUGAUUCAUAUUAGCUUUGCCUAAUGGCCUUUGAUUCUUGUGCUCAGUGGAAUAUAUUCAAGUGAAAAGUAAAGAUUUCUUAAUAUGAGGGAAAGGAACACAUUGGGCUUCUGGUAUUUUGAAUAAUGGUAUUCACUGACAAUUCUAAUUUAUUUUCAAGUUAGUGUAUGAAACAAAUUAGUAUGGUUUUUAGUAGUUAAUUUUGCUUCACUCUAGGUGGCAGUUUUUUUUUUUUUAUCACAUUUUGAACCUUUAUAGUAGAUUUGUGUAGAAACUUGUUUACUUUGACCAAAAGGUCUUUUAAAUGUAUACCACAUAGUUGUUACAAAGACACAUAAAAUGGGUUAUUUUUUUGUUUCCUUUGGUUGUAUUUACUGUUAAUUGUUCAGCUUAGUAUUCAUACAUUUAUAGCUGAAUAAACUCUCCAAGGAUUGUAGGUUUAUAACCUAAUUAUUGUGAAAAGAUGUUUUGUUACAGAUACUUGUUUAAAAAAUAAACUCCAGAAGUGGAACAUUGGUUAAUAGUGAGCUUUAACUACCUUUAAAAGGAUUCAAGCAAAUUUAAAAAUCUGGCCUUUGGUAUGACACAAGAAGUAUAAAGGAAAAGAAAAAUCACAUAAGUGUUAAAAAUUCCAUCAGCAGGUUUGGAGGAUGGAGUUAUUGAGGGAUGCUGAUUUUAUGUACAUGAGGGUGUGGUGGGAUUGAUUUGUGUGUCUGCCUCCAUGCCCCCCCCCUUUUUUUUCAAGCAAAUUUCUAUACCAAAAGCACAUGGUGUAUAUUUUGUUCUUUGUGUGUUUAUAGUAUUUAAACAAUAAAUGAAUUGGGGAUUUGUUAAUGGGGGUGUUAAGAGUUGUGGCUGCUCUCUUUGUGGAAGAGAAAAACAAAAUGAAGUUAAUGCACUUCUUUUCCUAGCUAAAGUCACUGUGAUGUAUAUUUUUUUAAUGAAAUUUAGGAAUAAAGCUGUUGUUGCAAUUGUAUAAUUAGUUUCAAAAUGCUGCUUCUCUUAUUAGUUUAGUAACUGUUUUCUGCAAAUUGCAUUUUACAGAAUUUAAACUCAAAACUGUAUCAACUUUUAUAGUUAAACAUUGUAUUAAAUAAACUAUACUAUAAUAAAGUUUGUUUUUGUAUUUUUUUAAUUAUUGUAUUAGCUUAUUCAGCCUUUAUUAAAAACUAAAUAAUGAUAAAUCCAUUAAGAUACUACUUUAAUUUUACACAUAGGGUUACAGAGUUUGUAUUAGGAAAAAACUGAGCAAUGAGUUUAACAGUGCUUAUCUUCUUUAAGAAUUUAGCCAGUAGUGACAAUUUCCAGGUUUAGGAAUAAGUUCUAGUGUAAUUGUUUAAUCCUAAUGCUUCAGGUUGCAGUGUGUCUUUUGCCUUAGCAAACUUUUAAGGUUAUACUUGGAAUUUGCAUUACUAUCUACUGGAAUGUUACCCUUUUGCUUUUUAAUUCCUCCAAAUUUCUCAGCAUUGGGAACACUGUAUUAUAUUCUGUGCCUGCCAGUUUUAAUAUAACACCAUUGUAAAGCCAUAUAAAUGUUAAUUGAGUUUUGUAAAACAGAUUGUCUAGUUUUUGGUUUCUUGUUUUAAUUUAAAUUAGACAUAUUUAGGGAAAAUGAACCUAGUUAACAUGAGAGUUAGUCGCUGAAAAUAUAUAUGCUUAAGUAAAAAUGUUCUGACCAUUCAGUGGUUUGUAUGUUUUAGGUGAUUAUUAAACUCUCAAAUUCUGGAGUGUUUUUAAAUGUUUUAUUUAGCCAAGAGAAUAUGUAAAAUGUGAGUGCUUCAUAUGGACCGUGCCAAUUGUGUAUUAAAACACUUUUAGUAUCA